CGAAGCAAACGCGCGGCCGACGACGCCUCCCCGAGUCCCCGCGAGGCUAGCGACGACCCACGCGGACGCGGGCACGCGGCUCUCCCUCCGCCCGCCCUCGAGUAUUUAUCGUCCGUCCCCUCGAAAAUCUCCCACGUUUACAUCUCCAACCACCUGCCUCCCCGCGUCUCUUCCUUCCUCCCCCAGAUCCGUCAAUUCGUUCGGACCGACCCCCUCCCUCCGUCUCCGUUCGAGAUCGCCGCCGGCGACCGAUUCCGCCAGAUUUGAGUCGACAAUGAAUCCUGAGUACGACUACCUUUUCAAACUUUUGCUUAUUGGUGAUUCUGGUGUUGGGAAGUCUUGCUUGCUUCUCAGAUUUGCGGAUGAUUCAUAUCUGGACAGCUACAUCAGCACAAUCGGAGUUGAUUUUAAAAUUCGGACAGUAGAGCAAGAUGGGAAGACCAUAAAGCUUCAAAUUUGGGAUACUGCUGGGCAAGAGCGUUUCAGGACAAUCACUAGCAGUUACUACCGAGGAGCUCAUGGAAUCAUUAUUGUAUAUGAUGUUACAGACCAAGAUAGCUUCAACAAUGUGAAGCAAUGGUUGAACGAAAUUGACCGUUAUGCAAGCGACAAUGUUAACAAGCUUCUUGUUGGGAACAAGAGUGAUCUAACUGCCAACAAAGUUGUGCCAACUGAGACAGCAAAGGCGUUUGCUGAUGAGAUGGGCAUCCCAUUCAUGGAGACGAGUGCGAAAAACGCCAUCAAUGUCGAGCAGGCCUUCAUGGCUAUGGCUGCAUCCAUCAAGGACAGGAUGGCCAGCCAACCAGCCGCGUCAAACGCAAGGCCAGCGACCGUGCAGAUCCGCGGGCAGCCUGUCAACCAGAAGACGUCAUGCUGCUCGUCCUAAGAUCACCUGAUUUCUUCGGUUCCCUGUAAACGACACGCUACUACUUACCGUUUGUGCACGACGCGAAAAAUGUAUUUGCAUUGUUUGUUCAGGAAACGCCUGCUGAUAGCAUCUCUUCGUUGGUCAGAUGAUUAGAGAGCUGCUGAUGUGUAAGAACACCGUAGAGAGAGAGAAUCCGCAGUGCUCUCUCAACCUAAGGAGCAAACAGCAGCAAUUUUAUUACCUUCAUUCUUUUCUACCUUACAGCCUCACUGUUUAUAAGCCACGCGUUGCAUUUGUGAACAGCUAUUGUAAUCUCUAGUUGCAUAUUCAUAGUGAGAUGAAAUUCCUGUGUGGGCAACAUAUUUCUCCUUUA